AUGUAUCUCGAGAUCGGCGAAAGUAUGCCACAGUUUGCCCAGUACCAAACGCUGUUCCAGAAUAACACACACAUGCAGCUUGCAUUGGUAAAUAUCUACAAAGAUAUACUUGAGUUUCACAAGGAAGCCCUGCGAUAUUUUCGACAGAAAAAAUGGCAGGAACUGUUUCACACCACAUGGCGCCCAUUCAGCAAAACCGUCGCCCAGCUCAACAAGGACAUGCAUCGAUACAAGAAGCUCAUAGAGAACCAAAUCUCGAUCGCGGGUUACGAAGCAAUGCAGAGUUCGCACAGUGAAUCUAUGAUGCAUUUUGAAGAGCUGAAGCAGGUGGAACUUCAUCGGAAACGCCUGACUGUGCAGCAGUGGCUGUGUAGGCUCGACGUUCAGGCCAGGCACGAAGAUGCCAUCAAAAACCGACAUGCUAACAGCGGCGAUUGGCUUCUACAGAACUCCAUUUUCCGUAAAUGGUAUGAUUUUCAGUCUUGUUGGGAGCCCUUGCUACGGCUGUCUGGUAUGCCUGGAGCCGCUUCACGGGUCAUUGAUGCCUGUAGAUGCCUCCCUCAGGCAAGAGUAGCCUUCUUUUACUGCCGGAACACUGAUGGCGACCGUAACGCCUUGGUUGCUGUCGCAAGGACAAUCAUAUCUCAACUAGUAGUGGAAAACGAUAUGCUGCUAUUGAAGGUCUUUGAAACCGCGCAGGCAAGUGGAGAAGCUGUGCUUUCCAGUAGAAGCAUGGCAAAGACGCUCCUUGCGAUAGCGCUGCAGACCUUUCCCACUUCCCAGAAGACCUACAUCAUCAUUGACGGCUUAGAUGAGUAUGCGCGCGAAGAUCGUAAAGAAAUCUCCAUCUGGUUCAAGGAACAGGCAGAUAUUGAGGUGUAUUGUCAGAUGUGGCAUCAGCGGAUCGAGGAAAGGUUCGGCCCCCUUGACCCUAACGACUACAAUAUCUCUAAACUGCCAGGAAUGUUUUUGUAUGCAAAGCUUGUGAUGUGGAACCUGCAUGAGCAGCCUACAAAAAAAGAAUUCUACCGGGAGAUGAGCCCUGAAGUCUUUCCGGAUGGACUGGAGCAGAUUAGAUAUGCACGAAUUGUAGAUCGAAUCAUCGGACCAACUGUACAGCCAAUAUCCCGCAGAAACAGCGCAAGAAAGCUCUUAGGAUGGCUGGCUUGUACUGAACGUGCCUUGCAAUGGUACGAGAUUCAAGGGGCCGUUUCUGUCGACUUGAAAGAAGGCGAUAUCUGUCUGGACAUGCGAUUCGAGGAUGAUUGCAAAGAUUUGUGUGCUUCACUCGUGGAACGCACAACCGAUGGAUCCGUGAUGCUUGUGCAUUCUACAGCAAAGAUGUUUCUCGUAAACAAAGGCUACAUAUCAGUACCAGAAGUAGAGUUCGACCUUGCGCAACUUUGCGUAACCUAUCUGAGUCUCACCCAAUUCAUUCAUCCAGCGGAGGUGGACUAUAUACACGAUGCGCUAUACAGGGGCGAUUACGCUUUUGCAGAUUAUGCGUCAUGUUUCUGGGCAUAUCAUGUCAUCGAGGCGGUUCAGAUCAUUCAUAAACUACCAUCUCGUAAGCUGGAAGAUCUGGAAGAGGCUAUCAACUCCCUCAUGGAUGUCCAAUGGGCUUCACCGAAAAAGUCCUUGGUGGUUUCACCAACCAUCGAAAAGGUCCUUGACUCGCUUACCGGUAGCGACAUAUACGAUAGCAUUUGCCAGGCUGUCGUUUCUACUAAAAACCAGCUGUUGUCCACAGGAAAAGGUCCUUCCGACGAUGAGCCAUUGAAACUCGCAGAUGCUGUACGAGCAAUCCGAACCGAACUGGAGAGCAUGGUAUCAUCCCCACACGCAACGAAUAAAGAAAAAAAGACACUACACGGCUUUUAUGGAACUAAUCUGUACAAGUGUCCGCGGCUCAACUGCCAAUUCUAUUGGAAAGGCUUUGCAAAACUCGCUAUUCGAGACCAUCACGUUCUUAAACAUGAGAGAUCCUUCAUGUGCACAGAAGAAGGCUGCCCUCAGGCCACCAUUGGGUGUAUAACUGCACAAGAUUUGCAAAAGCAUGCAGAAGACUGUCAUGGAAAAGUCGUGAACCCAAACGCAGAUUUUCCGGAUGAACAAGUUGAAGAUGCGAAGGAACCACAACUGGAUCAGAAUCAUCCAUAUUUUGCAUGUCCUUUCGAGGGAUGUGGAAAGAGAUUUGGGCAAAGACAUAACCUAAGAUCCCAUAGCCGCACACACACCAACGAGAAGCCUUUUAGCUGUUCCACUUGCGCUAAGGCAUUUGCCCGCCGGAAAGAUCUUAUUCGACACGAACGUGGCCAUUCAGACAAGAAGUUAAAGUGCUAUGGACCUCUCCGGAACGGGGAGACAUGGGGAUGCGGUCGUGCCUUUAACCGCGGUGACGAGCUCAAAAGACAUUUUGAUACCAAAACUGGUCGUGUGUGUCUGCAAGUAUACCUCGAAGACAACGCCAGCCAGGACAAGGUUCAAGCGCAGACAUCUGUCGGUACUUUGCCUUCCUUGAAUGAUCCGCCUGGUAGUCAUCAGGAUGAUGAACCUCGAGUUUCGUCCAUAUCGUUUGAACAAUACGCCAUACUCGCUGGGUAUCGAUGGAACACUACCAACUGA